AUGGUUACCACUGGUCUUAGUCCUGGGGCACUGUCCUUGCUACAAAAUGCUGGCAUUAACUUGAAGGAUUUUUCCAGAGCACAGGCAAGUUAUGAAAAGCUUUGUGUCGAGCUCUCCAAGGGAGCAUCCGCUGCUGGUGAAGGGGAUGCGACCGCUGCGUCAUCAAUGGAAGACUUACAGCGCCUCUGUGACGCAUGGGGGGAGUACACAGUUGUGGCUCAAGCAUACUUUCGGAAGGUUUCCUUAGCUGCGUUGGAACAGCUAGUCAGUAGACCGCGAGGCGAGUCGUCCGCAACAGAGCGUGCUGAAAAGUUGAACGAGCUUUGUGCCAUAGGUGAGAAAUGGCACGUUGGCAGGGAAACCAUGUUCAAGCUUGAUCACCCAGAGAAGCUGGCCGCAGUUGUGGUGGAGGCACUCGACUCCUCCAGUUGCAUCAUGCGACUCCUUGCCUUACGGCUCGCCCGAAUCUUCGCAGCAGACACUGAAUUUCUUCGUUGCCUCUUUUCGAAAGGAGGUGCAGGACUUAUUGGUAUGUGUUUUGACCAUGAAAACACUACAGAGUUGGAGUACGUGCUAAGUUUGUGCAGGCGGCUGAUUGAACUGCACAAGGCCUCCGCUGAACCAUACCACGAACUUCCCUUCGGUUGGGUUUACCGCAUUGCGGCGCUACUCGACUUGCAGGAUCCUGUGCCGAACCUUCUCCUCAAACGAAGGAGUCAAGCGCUCUGCGUCGCCGUGAUGCUUCUUCGGCAGUUCCCACAGAUGGCGACGACCGCGUCGCUACAUAUUACCCUCUUGCGGUACUGUAUCGAAAAGGGUGCUGCCACUCGCGAUGAAGUACAAUCUGUUCUUGAGGUGAUUCUAGACAUGUUUGAUUCACCUGAGACACGACAGUAUCUAGGUUACAAUGACCUUGACGUUCUAUACGCACCUUUUUUGUACUCAACCAACAUGUGCAGUACGGAAGACUUAACCCUGAUGAAUGGAGCGAAAGAGGUACUGGUUAUGCUGAUGCGGAAUUGGGUUGGUGUGUUGUGGGUGUGUUCCGAGACAAAAGGACUCCGUGCCGUGAUUGACAUUCUACAUUUGCCAUGUGAUCUUGACAGAAAGAUGGUACUACUAACACUUUUCAACAAGUUGUUGUAUCAGCUGGCACCGCACCGCGGUAUAACGCUGGUGGAGCCGUGGCGGGGGUUUAAGGAAAAGCAGGAACUAUUCCCGGCCACUCCCAAUGAACCUGCAGAUUCUGAGGGGAGUUUUGUGCUUAACACUCCACUGGGGAGGGGGCAUAACAGCAGCGAAAGCAUGAUCUCCGAACAUGUAUUUGGUGAUUGGUGCGAUGAGCCGGAUGAGUUUGUCCCGACAACCAAGGCGAUCGGUUACCACGUGCUAGAUCCCAUUCUUGGUCGUGUGCUAUUGAUGCUCUCGCACCAUGGUCUUCCCAUCGCAUUGGUUUCAGUCAUACAAGACCCCAACUCCAGCUCUGUCCUAACCCACGCCGCGCUAUCACUUCUUCAGGACAUGCUAACACUCAUGGAUACUGUGCUCCCUGAGAAGCCAGUGAAACGACUUCAUACGGCACUUAAUAAAGCUGUGGGUCGUCUCGCACUCGAGGGUUGUUUGUCGUUGGAGGGCGUUCUCUCCUCUCGGAUCCCUCAACGAGGUAAAACAGCAAAGGGCAUAGCAACCACCGCCACGGUCGCGGUUGGGAACGUGGUGGGGAGCGGGUGGGUGAGUGCACUUUCAACUGCCUCAGUAGCGACGUAUGGUUUAGGCGCGUUGGAGCAAGACGAUGCAGACUUCAAGAGGAUGUUGAAGGAUACGAAUGUUGAGGGGGGGAAUAGUUUUUUGUCAUGGAACUAUGACCUACUACUGCUACUUUUUCAGGGCCCACUAAAGAGCAUCAGGAGGUUUCGGUGGGUGCUGAAUGAAACUCUGUUCUUUCGAAACCUCAUUGCGUUCUACCUUCCAGUGAUUAACACAUCUACACGGACCUUUUUGACACUUCAGCCGAGGGAGGCCACUCCGCAAGUGUGCAUGUUGGGGAUGGUGAUGCUUGACUUGUUCCUCUCUACGCGAGAAGGGACUGCUGCGCUUGAUUCAUUCGGCUUCAGCGGAGCCAUGGCAGCCUGCCUUGAGGAAGUGAUCCGAGGAACACCAUAUGUGCUAAAUAAGCAACGUGUGGGAAAGCGUGUGGGGCAGACUCUACUCCGCAUGGUUGGGAGGUACUCCAUGACGGCAAAUGGUCUUGUGGUGCUAAAGGACUCAAACAUGUUUUCUACCAUCAAUAGGAUGUUUGUGGAGCUUUCUGGGGAACGGGUUAGCGCCCCGUACCCCGAUGACACCCUGCAGGAGGUUUGUCUUCAGCUUCUGCGUUGCAUGAAUCUUGGUGCCGUACCCAACUACGGAGUAUGUGAAUGGAUUCGUCAAAUGUUUCGUUCAGCGCUAUGCAAUGAGUCCGACGAGAUAAGGUUAUGUGCUGUGAAGCAGCUGCGUGAUGCCCUGUGGCGUGACUUCUCUACGUCCAUGCGGUGGGGUAUUGAAACGCUGGUCCAAGCUCUGCACGACGAUCAUUCCCGUGUUGUUGAGUGCGCCUUCAAACUCCUGUUGAACGUUUGCUUUUGUUCCGACGAGGCACUGGAUUACCUCAUUUCUCUUUCUCCAACAGUACUAAUGGAGAGUGACACGAUUCGAGAGAAUGCCAAACAGCUUGACCUUAACACCUUGCUAUACUGCAUCGUAGGGCGGCCAUCAGGGUUCCGAUUCCUGCAGUGCUACGGCUGGGUAGAGCAGGAAUUACGCCGCUGGGAAGAAACGGAGUCGGCUAACCAUGUUACUACCGUGGAGAAUAUGCAAUCUGGCCGCGCACUGGGGUCCGGGGCCGACUUUCGUGAAGGUAUGAGCGCGUUGUUCCGUCAUCGCCACAACCGCACUUACUCCGACACAGGGUUGACCUUUCAGAAGCCCAUCACGGCAACCGCCGGACCAGACUCACAAGUUACUCUACCAUCUGGAAUAUUCCCAAGCCACUUUGCUGCGGUAUUGUGUAAGUCCAACGAGGGGUGCACGCUCUUCAAGCACAGCAACCUGUGGCAACGAUCCGUGCGACGGAUACUUGAACAGCCAAUGUUACCUGAUAUUGUGUAUGAGUGCGGAACAUUUGGCGAGAGGGACAACAUCGACGACGAUGACGUGGAUAUGGACGGAACAACAGCGGAUGACGAUGACGCUAAUGCGCUGAUUGAGGAGGAUCCAUCAUUUGUAGGUCGUUGGGGCACGGAAGCAGCCAAAACUAGUACCGCCAAGCAGGAUGAAAAGCACGCACUGCGCCUGUCGCGAGAGGGGCACCUUCCAUCUUCUCAUUCGGUGAAACUCCUAUCCGCGUCCCGUGGCUAUCAAGCGGCUGGACAGACCUACACCAUUGAGUGUGUCGGGGACGUCAGCGAGCUAAAGGACGCCAUACUUUGUGUGUGCCACGCCGCAUCUAGCGACGCCGGCUUCUCUCUAAUGCGUAGCGUGCCUAUGUUGCAAAAUCAACUGAUGGCGCUGUCGCGUUUUGCCGAUACGGCAAGUGUUUCUAGUAUUUGUAUUGUUGGUAAAUGUCUGCUUGCCCGCUCGAGGCGCGCUGCGGAGAAACUGACUGAGAUAUCCCACUACGUAGUAAACGAAAGUAACGCGUACAUGAGUGCCGACGGUGUGCCGUACUCCGUUGCUUUUGCUGAUAAUCGACCGUCCAACUGGACGGCCAUCGGUCGCCGCGACAAUCCAUCAAGGGUUUCGUGCUCGCCACCAUACUUCGCCCACAUGCGUUACGAUGGAGAGAUGGUGGAUGGAAAUUCAAAGAAUGACGAAGAAACCACCGACUCGGUAGGCUCCACCCCUUCUCCAGUGGACUCUCGCGAUUCCAGUACCUUCUGUGACGUUAUUAAGGGCCUGAGUGCGACGUCGACCCGCAUCCUUCACCACAUCUUUGCACUUUCCAAUCCUGUGCGCCGCGACGCUGCAAGACAGAUGUUGUCGCAGACCCUAAAGCAUCAACCCCAUAUCUUUGUGAAUCCCCAAAUGCGGUGGCUUCUUAGGCACUGCGCUCAGGCUUUUCGUAUGCGGUAUGACGACCGGAAAUUCAUAGCUAGCAUAUUGGAGGAAGCCCCACUUACAAAACCAACCCCACUAGUCCGUAAAACGGUUGUUUUCGUGCCGGAACCACAGCGUGGCUGA